AUGGUUGAUGCUUUUUAUUCAAUUUCUGAUAUCAAUCAACGAUUUAAUCGAUUAGCACUUGAUUCUCUUUAUAUUCGUCAUCUUGAUAUGACCACUAUUACAAACAUGAAUUCACUCUAUAACCAAAUCUCUUCAAUGGAUCCUCAACUUCUUUCAAGAAUUUGUCAAAAAAUCUUACCUCGAAUUCAUCAUGAAGUAUAUAAACUUACUGUUGAACAAGAUUCAAUGAAACAAAUUCUUCUUGCUGCCAAUUAUCCUAGACUUUACUCAUUAUCGCUUAUAAAUUUUGAAGAAGAAAUAAUUUAUCAAUAUUUAACAGAUAAUUUGGUUCUUCGUGAUCUUCUUACCAAACAAAUAACACAUCUUAAUAUCGAUAUAAAAAAACCAGUAGACCCCUGGUCGGAUACUCUUUUAAAUAUUAUUGCAUUAACUUAUCUUUAUGUAAAAAAUUAA